AUGGGCCCGGCAGGCGGCAGGGCUGGCAGCGGCACUCCAGGCUGGUGGGGCACUGGCGGGCGCAUCGUCGAGAUCCGGUCGGUGCGUGUCGGCGUCGUGGCCAUCCGGGCAGUGCACACCGGCUUCUACCUGGCCAUGAACAAGCAGGGGAGGCUCUACGGGUCGAAGGAGUUCAGCCCCAACUGCAAGUUCACGGAGCGCAUUGAGGAGAACGGCUACAACACCUACGCGUCGCUGCGCUGGCGGCACCGGGGCCGCCCCAUGUUCCUCUCGCUCAAUAGCAAGGGCAGGCCGCAGCGAGGGGGCAAGACGCGCCGGCAGCACCUCUCCACCCACUUCCUCCCCAUGCUCGUCAGCUGA